GUGUGAAAGUCAAAGCAGGAAAGAGUACGUGUGAGGAAACGAUACGCAGGCUGAACGCCGUGGGGAAACACGCCCCGAACGGAGAAAAACGGUGUUUCAUCGUCUCAGCUUUUACAGUUCCGUUCUUCUGGUCGCUGAAACUCAACUCGUCGGCUGUGAAAUGAGUGCUGCAGAGCCUGCAGAGGCUACUGUGGGCAUGCUCAGUACCACAGACAUUCUGCAGGAGGGCGAGUUGGGUAAAAAGCUUGAAAGAAAAUGUCUCAGAAUCAUCUCCCCCGUGUCUCCUACUAGGCCUUACUGCUGCUAUGCAGUGAUCAUCAUCCUCACUGUAGCUGUGAUUGCACUUUCUGUGGCUCUGUCAUUGUCAGUAAGAAGGCGAGAACAGGACUCAAUCAAAAAACUCCAUGCUCCUUGCCCAAGAGACUGGAUUGGAUUUGGGAAUAAAUGUUUUUAUUUUUCUGAAGACACAAGUAACUGGACAUUCAGUCGGAACUUCUGCAUGGAACUGGAGGCCCAGCUAGCUCGAUUUGAUAACAUGAAGGAGCUGAAUUUCCUGAGGAGAUACAAAGGGACCUUUGACUACUGGAUCGGCCUGCACAGAGAGUUACCACAGCACCGUUGGAGGUGGAUGGACAACACGGAAUAUAACAGCUCAGUUCCCAUCCGAGGAGCUGAAGAAUAUGCCUACCUGAACAACAACGGGAUCAGCAGUGCCAGGAUCUAUGCAGACAGGAGAUGGAUCUGUAGCAAGCCCAACAACUAUAUCCUGGAAUGCCAAAUUCCUUUUGCUUCUUUCUAGUCUUUGUCAAGAGAUGCUUUGCAACCUAAUAUCUACAGUUGCUGCUCUAUCCCCUGUUUAACAAUAUUGUUAUAAAAAAAGUUGACUGACAACUGGGUCACAGGAGCAUCCAGGCAUCAUGCAGUCUCCCUGAUGACAAUAGGUUCAAGAGCGCUCCUGGGACAGCAAGUAUUUGGCAAGAGGUGGUAUGUGUUCUACAGGAUCAAACAUUCAGCCAAGACUUAAAUCUUCACAUAAACAUAGACAAGCAUGUCCAUCUAAAAAAAAGAAUUGAGAAUAUUUCUUUACAUCCAAAUGAGAAACAUAUUGAAGAACUGCACAACCAAGGGUUUAGAAGAACAUAGAUUAGAUUGAAAUACUUGUUGGCACUAAUACCUUAAGCCAAAAGUACAAAUAAUGUUAGUGAACUACUUUUAUGAAAUGAAGUUUUUGUUCAGAUAGCCCUCCUUUUAAAUUUAUUGCAAUUGCCCUUGGAAUUUAAUAAUUAAAAACAGUUGGACAGUGAUGGUACACGUCUUUCAUCCCAGUACUCAGGAGGCAGAGUCAGGUGGAUCUCUGUGAGUUUGAGACCAGCCUGGUUUACAGAGGUAUUCUAAGAGAGAUAGGGCUUUUACCCAGAGAAAUUCUGUAUCAAAAACCAAAACAAAAAAACUAAAAAAAUAAAAAUAAAUAAAAAUAAAAAAGGAAGGAAAGAAAAGCAGCAGGAAAUAGUGUCAAAAGUCUUUAAUCCCAGCACUCAGGAGCCAUAGGCAGGUGAAUCUCUGUGAGUUCGAAGCCAGCUUGGUCUACAAAGUAAGUUCUAGGACAACCAAAUCUACAUUUAGACAUCCUGUUUCAUGGGGAAAAAAAGAAAACAAAGAAAUGAAAAGCAGAACGGCUGGUGUUUUUAGAAAAUUACUUGUGUUUUCCAAAAAGUAAAAGCAUAUACUCCCAAAACCAAUCCAGUUACUUAGGCAAACAGAAUGGGUAUUUUUGAUUGGGACCUAUAAUCACACCUGUAACUCCAGGUACUUAAGGGUUGAAACAGGAGGGUCACAGAUUCACACAUGGGGUCUGAAGGUAUAAGAAUACUAAUGACAAGGAAGAAGAGAAUCCAUUUGACCAUCCUGUAAUUUGGGGACACACAGUACAUAUUCUUUUCAAAAGUCAUUCCAACAUACUGAAGAAUUUCAAAAGUAUUUAACAUUAAGAUUUACUUCAUACUUUCCAAUUUAAAACAUUAAGGACAUUGUCAAAUUGUUCCUCUAUUUUAGUUUUCGAUGUUUCUGUUUCCAAUUAUUCUCUUCUAAGUAUGUCAUAAGAACAAAUGCCAUUUUGUUUAAUGGUUUGCUCAGAUUUAUUUCACAUCAAAGGGGAGUCACACUCCUCAAGCAUUCAAGACUUAAUCUCUCGGUAGUGUGUGUACUAUUGGCUCCUAAAAUCAAGGUAUUUAAAAUCUUUAUAGAGCAGCUACACUGUACUGAUGAGUCCCAAAAAGGACGAAAUACCAGGUUGCGAAGCAUCUCUUAAACUCUCCAUCUCCUCCUCUCCUCCUUGUUCUAUUCAAAAAAUACUGUUAUAUCUACUUUUUUUUUGUAUCUAUUACUUGUGCUUAAGAAUAUAU